AUGGAGUCUUUGGUCGUUUUUCUACUCCUAAUUUUUCUGCCGGGGUUUUGGUCCCUGGCCGAGAUUGCCUGUCGCAUAGCCGUGAAGCAAAAUGUUCAGGUGACCUAUCUGUAUCGCUGUACCAGCUGUCCUUCGUCCUUUGAUGCGGAGCACCCUGCCUUGGAACUAGAGUUAUAUCGAUGCGUGGGCAGUAGAUUACACAUGGUCACCAGGAACAUCGAGGCACAUGAAGUGGAACCAUUGCGAAACACGGACAGCCUAAGCAUCUUCCACAUUCCAGCAGGGGAAAAAGGGAAUUCCCUGGUUCGCCGCAUCCUGGAGAUGUUGAAUCCCCGCCAGGCACGAAAGCACCUACAUAAGUACCUGUUUAUUUGGCCCGAUGCUGAGAGAAAUCAGUUACUACGACUUUUUCAAGGCAGUUGGUCCAAGAAACUACUCUACGGAUUGGCUAUAACCCACAAGGAUAAUGGGAUCUUCGACUUUGAUCCGUUUGCAGUGGGAGGUCUAAAAGUGGUCCAGCUAGACGGAGAGGAUAUAUAUUACCCUUUUAAGACGAAGAACUUAAGGGGUUACCCGCUGCGUUUCUCCAUGUUCACGGAUCCCUUGAUGGCGGUGCCCAAGGAUCCAAUCGAGACUGCUGGCUACAAGGCGGUGGAUGGAGUGGCAGCUCAAGUGGCCGCCCAGAUGUUGAAUGCCUCGGUUACCUAUGUCCUACCGUCUGAUAAUGAGUCCUAUGGGCGUUGCCUGCCUGGAGGAAACUUUUCCGGGGUGGUUAAAGACAUAGUGGGUGGUCAGACCCACUUUGCACCCAAUUCCCGCUUUGUGCUCGACUGCAUUUGGCCAGAAGUGGAGGUGCUGUAUCCCCACACCCGGCGAGUACUUUACCUGGUGGUUCCCGCCUCCGAAGUUCAGCCGGAAUACCUGAUCUUUGUGCGCGUCUUCCGGCGAUCCGUUUGGCACCUGCUGCUGCUCACCCUCUUGGUGGUGGUGCUGGUCUUCUGGGUGAUGCAACGGCUCCAGAAGGGGAUUCCCCGCCGGGGGGUAACCCAGUUCCAGGCCACCUGGUAUGAGAUCCUCGAGAUGUUUGGCAAAACCCAUGUGGGUGAGCCGGCCGCAAGGCUCUCCUCCUUCAGUUCGAUGCGCACCUUCCUUAUGGGCUGGAUCCUCUUCAGCUACGUCCUCACCACCAUCUACUUUGCCAAACUGGAGUCCAGAUUCGUGCUUCCUAGUUACGAGGAGCAGGUGGACCAGGUGGAGGGUCUGGCCCACUUGGAUGUACACAUCUAUGCGGUGAACACCAUGUAUGAUGCAGUGCGGCCCGCCCUGACGAAGCACCAAUAUGGUCUGCUGGAGAACCGGAGUCACCAAUUGCCCCUGGGCGUGACCACCUCCUACUACCAGUUGCAUGUCAUCCGGAGGGAUCGCAAAGGUGCCUUUAUAAUGCGGGAUUUCCACGCCCGGGACUUCCUGGCCCUCACCUACAACUCACAGGCGGAGCGACCCGCCUACCACAUCGUCAAGGAGUACCUGCGCUCCAUGAUAUGCACCUACAUCCUGCCCAGAGGAUCUCCCUUCCUGCAUCGUUUCGAGUCUCUCUUCAGUAAGUUCCAUGAACACGGCUUCUUUGAGCACUGGCGGCAAAUGGACCUGAUCACCCGGGACGGAACAUCACCGAAUGCCGAGGAGUUCUACGAGGAUCUGGGCGACCAGACGGACACGGAUCCAGCCUCCAACGAGGCGGCAGUACGUCACAAGAAACGGGUGGUGCUCACUCUGGACAUCCUCCAGGGCGCCUUCUACCUCUGGUCAGUGGGGAUUGGUAUCAGCUGCUUGGGCUUCGCCCUGGAACAGGCUCAUUGGCUAUGGAGGAGGCUAAGGAUGCAGGAUGAAACCAGUUAUGCCUUGUAA